AUGGAGCGGCGCUCACGGGUGCUCACGCGGCGCGGUCUGAGGCGCGGCUGCGUCUCCGACACCUUCUCUCUCGAAGACCUCGCGGAAGCCGUCCUUGACUCCACUCACGAUAACGUGUACGUGGAGCUGGACGGCGUGGGGCAGAUGACGUGCCGCGGCGGCGCUCCGCGGGCGGCGCGCGGCGCGGCGCUGGCGGCGGCGGGCCCGGCGGCGGGCCUGCUGCUGGAGCCCGCGCCCACCGCGCCCUCGCGCCUGCGCCUGCGCCUGCUGGCCGACGCGCCGCCGCACGCCGACCUCACGCUUUGGUUCCACGAGACCACGCUGGCGCUGCUCGACAUGCCCUUCCUCACGCUGCGGAACAUUACUGGUAAGAAAAAUUACGUUUGUCACGAAUGUGGAGCAGAAUUUGAACAGCCCAACCCGCUGAAAGUGCAUUUAUUCCUCAAAUGUCAGCAAUUCGACCACAGGACGUUUUGGUCGAAGUGUAUCGGAAUUCUGCAAGCACACGAAGCGCGGGCGGCGCUGGGCUGGGCGCGCGUGUCGGCCGCGCCGGUGACGUCGCCCGCCGAGCUGGAGGCGCUGGCGGCGGCGUGGGGCCGCUCGCGCGACGGCCACGUGUGCCUGUACUGCGGCAAGCUGUACUCGCGCAAGUACGGGCUCAAGAUCCACAUCCGCACGCACACGGGCUACAAGCCGCUGCGCUGCCGCCACUGCCUGCGCGCGUUCGGCGACCCCAGCAACCUCAACAAGCACGUGCGCCUGCACGCCGCCGCGCCGGCCCGCGCGCCGCACGCCUGCGCGCUGUGCGGCAAGGCGCUCGCGCGCCGCCGCGACCUGCAGCGCCACCUGCGCGCGCACCACGCGACCGACCCCUCCCGCACACAGAGCCCCGCGCAGUGA